AUGGCAGAAUCAGAGAAUAUAUUUUUAUUCGUUCCUAAUUUAAUUGGUUUUGCAAGAGUAAUACUUGCUGUUAUAUCAUUUUAUUUUAUGCCAACAAAUUAUGUUAUUGCUAUUUGGUGCUAUGUAAUUAGCGCACUAUUGGAUGCCGUCGAUGGUCAUGCAGCCAGAUAUUUUAAUCAAAGCACUAAAUUUGGUGGCAUGCUUGAUCAACUGACUGAUCGAGUAGGAACAAUGUGUCUUCUGGUCAACCUUUCUAUGUUUUAUCCCGCUUAUGCUUUCUGGUUCCAAUUAAGUAUGGCUAUUGAUAUAGCUUGUCAUUGGAUAUAUUUGCAUACGACAAUUUUACAAGGAAAAGCGAGCCAUAAAUUUAUUGACAUGUCAGAGAAUCCAAUUAUGAAUAUUUAUUACACAAAUCGUCUAGUUUUGUUUCUCAUGUGUGCUGGAAAUGAAGCAUUUUACGCAACAUUAUAUGUUUUGCAUUUCACCGAAGGACCCAUGAUACUCGGAUUGAGUUUAUUCAAAAUAAUGUUGUUCAUAUCAGCACCAGUAGCAAUAGUAAAAUCAUGCAUCUCAAUACUUCACGGAUAUGUUGCCGCUAUCAAUCUCAAAUAUUUUAUUUGCGAUAAUCAAAGAGUUGUUAAUUAUUUUAUUUAAUAUUUAA